AUGGCGAUCUUUGUGCCCCGACAAGCGUAUGAUCAUUUGUCAUCUAUCCCACGAUCCUAUUUCUUAGGACAUCAUGCUGCUGGCCUGUCGAAGAUGAAAGGCCUAUUGGCUUCAAUCGAUCUUGUCGUGGAAUGUCGAGACUAUAGAACACCCCUUGUGUCGAGGAACCCUCUCUUCGAGCAGAAUCUUGGCGAGCGACCUCGUCUGAUUGUGUACACCAAGCAGGAUCUGGGUAGUAAAUUCAGUUCUGAAGAUAAGAAGAGGGAGGAGAUAAUCCGAAAAUGGGACGCACCCUCGACUUCCUUGUUCUCCGACGUUAAGUCCCGAAACGCUAUUCGAUCCAUCCUCGAUUUCACAAGAUCGCACGCGCAGACCUCAAGCUCACUCUUUGGUACUCGCCUUAUGGUUGUUGGAAUGCCAAACGUCGGCAAAUCUUCUCUCCUCAACGCACUUCGAAACGUUAGUCUGGGAAAGAAGAAGGUGGCUCAGACAGGAGACCAACCUGGGGUGACUCGAAAAGUUGGUACUAGUGUUAAGAUUCUGGAGGGCGAGCAUGGUAGAGAAGGUGCUUAUCUGAUCGAUACUCCAGGUGUUUUCGUGCCGUAUGUGCCGGACGCUGAGAGUAUGCUGAAGCUAGCACUUUGUGGCAAUGUCAAGGACACCGUUAUACCUCCCACAACCAUCGCCGAUUAUCUACUGUAUCAUCUGAACCUGCAAGACCCAAAACUUUACAAUCAUUACUGCGAGCCGACCAACGAUAUCUUUGUUGUUCUUGAGGCUCUGGCUCGCAAGCAAGGUCGUCUCAAAAAGGGAGGCCUUCCAGACUUCGAGUCGUCUGCUUUGCAAUUUGUUCAGAGAUGGAGAGGUGGCCAAAUGGGCGCAUUUGUCCUGGACAAGGUUACCGAAGAGGCGCUGGCUGAAAGAGGCAGAAUGCUCGAAAUGAUGGGAGGCAGUAUGAACCAGGCAAGGAAAACUGUCAAGCAGCUACGCAAAGACGCAUACCUGGUGGACACUUAA